CAGUUUUCUGGGAUGGCAUUCCUAUUGGGUGGUCGUUCAAACGGAGUUAUAUUCUGGUAUCCAAGACAAGAUGCUUGGAUGCCCUGGAGGAGCAUGUGGCCAACAGCAGCUGUCACUACCCAGGAGCAGACAGAUGAGGAGGGGGAUGAAGAUAGAUCUUGGCGACCUCACAGACUCCCUCCAGGUCAGAUGAAGUCAACACCAGCGGAUCCCAAAUAUUUCCGUUCUGGAGACCACCAAAUCACUAUCAAAAGCUCUUGAUCUAAAAUAAAUAAACACUAAAACAUUUUGCAGACCAUCUGCACAGCGGACCACAGGUUGAAACCACUAGUCUACACGCACACACCCAGACCGGAACUCAAACCAACACAGAUUCCAACUUUUUCAGGGCUAGCCAAUCACAGAGUUCCAUUGUUACCUUAUUUUUAAUAUUCUACUCCAGAAAAGUGACAGUUGGUUUCAGUUAGCCCUGCUUGUGUGAACACAAGCUAAGCUAGCCCAGGCCCAUUCCGUCGUAUUGAUGCUUACACAAUUGUUUACAAGUGGGCUGUGUUCUUAUUGGCUCAUGCAUUCAUGGUGAAUGGGUUAUAGAAGCCCCUCCCCCUGUUGUGACUGGCCAGUAGCUGUGUGACAAGGGAGGGGUAGUAAACUGAGGGGCUGAUGGCUGUGUAUGUGUAGAAGGGAGGGUUUGUUUGUGCGUGUGCGCACCUGUCCUCGCGGCCGUGCCCUUGGGACAUCAGUAGAACAGAGUGGUAAUCACUAGCGAGCCUGUAGCAAGGACACAGCCGAGCAAGAUCCGCUUUUAUGCUGAGCUCUGCACUCUGCUUGCAGAUCAGUGCAGGCACACACACUCACACACGCUCUUGCUUAAGGGAAACGCUAGGCAUUUGGAGACGGAACUGUUGCACGUGCAUAUUAACACUCAAGCAGAGACACAUGCUUUCACACUCGCACGCACGUACGUACGUUCACAGAGGCAGCCACAAUUCUACCACCCAGCAGAGCAUCCCGAGGACAGGAGGAGGAAAAGUGACAGCAGCACCCUCUAUCCACUCAGAUUCCGAGAACAAGCGUUCUCUCUCUCUGAACGACUUCCUGUUUGUGGUCAGACACUCAAUUGAAGAGGAGGAAGAGGAAGAGGGGAGAGAGCCCCCUCUGUUCAGCAGCAGCCUCCAUUGCCGUACCACCCUCAGGGAACGGCCACCGCCAGCGGAAUGUCAGGGGAGGGUAACCAUGGUAACCAGAAGGCCCAGUGCAAUGGAGUAAAGAAGCACAGAACGUCUUUACCAGCGCCCAUGUUCUCCAGGAAUGAUGUCAGCAUCUGGAGCAUCCUGAAGAAAUGCAUUGGCAUGGAGCUGUCUAAGAUAGCAAUGCCGGUGAUCUUAAACGAGCCCCUUAGUUUCCUGCAGCGGCUCACAGAGUACAUGGAGCACACGUACCUCAUCCACCAAGCGAACACCACCACAGAUUCCAUGGAGAGGAUGAAGUGUGUUGCAGCGUUUGCUGUGUCUGCUGUAGCUUCACAGUGGGAGAGGACGGGAAAACCCUUCAACCCACUACUGGGAGAAACCUAUGAGCUCAUCAGAGAGGACCUAGGGUUCAGGUGGAUGUCGGAGCAGGUUAGCCACCACCCCCCCGUCAGCGCCUUCCAUGCUGAGGGCCUGCAGGAGGACUUCCUGUUCCACGGCUCCAUUUACCCCAAACUCAAGUUCUGGGGCAAGAGUGUGGAGGCGGAGCCUAAAGGCAUCAUCAGCCUGGAGCUACCCAAAUACAACGAAGCAUACACCUGGACAAACCCCACCUGUUGUGUCCACAACAUCAUCGUGGGCCAGUUGUGGAUCGAGCAGUACGGCAAUGUGGAGGUGAUCAACCACAAGACCGGAGAGAGAUGCAGCCUGAUAUUCAAACCAUGUGGCCUCUUUGGCAAAGAGCUGCACAAAGUGGAGGGCUACAUUCUAGAUAAAAGCAAAAAGAAGCUCUGUGCCAUCUACGGUAAAUGGACCGAGUGCUUAUACACUGUGGACGCUGACACUUUUGAUGCUCAUAAGAAAUCUGACAAGAAGAACUCAGAGGAGAAGAAAAGCAACAUGCAGACUAGUGUAGACGAGGAGCCAGAGGAGAUGCCCCUGCCUGACGGAGACACGGUCCAGGUCAUCCCAGGAAGUGAGCUGAUCUGGAGGAUAGCCCCCCGACCAGACAACUCUGCAGAGUUCUAUGCUUUCUCCACAUUUGCCAUGCAGCUGAAUGAGCUGGAGGAAGGCAUGAAGGGUGUCCUACCCCCCACAGACUGUCGACUCAGGCCUGACAUCAGACACAUGGAAAAAGGAGACAUAGACUCGGCAAGUGCAGAGAAGAAGAGGGUAGAGGAGAAACAAAGACUGUCCCGGAAAAAUCGCUCCAAAUCAACCGAGGAAUGGAAAACAAGGUGGUUCCACCAGGGCACCAACCCCCACAACAAAGCUCAGGACUGGCUCUACUCCAACAGCUACUGGGACCGGAACUACUCCCUGCUGCCUGAUAUAUACUGACCUACAGGACACACACCACACACACAACUCUAUCUGUACACACCUCGUCUUAACUCUCUCUGCAUUUUUUUAUAUUCUGACACUGGAGCUUUGGCAUUUUUCUCAGAGGGUUCAUUGAAGGGGGAGAAAGUUAAUCCUAGUCAGGUCAUGCGGUCAGGAAAAAUGUGUUAUGAUAUAGAUGAUGUCAACAUAGGCAAGGUCAAGGGAGAGUUCUGGCUUUAAUAAUUUCAAAGCCUGCUCUGAACCUGCUAUAGUCCUUUGCAUGGGUAAGGAUGAUGCUGGGAAUUGAAUGACCGUAAAGGCAACAACCAUUCAUUAGUCCCUAAACAUAUCUCCUAUGUCUCACUCAAAGCACAAUUGUGAAGCCCUCAUGAGUCAAUAAGCGAUGGUCAUCGACCAGUGUGUAUAGAAUUAAACUAUAGGGUGUAACCUGCCAGUCAUUUUAACAAUGGGAGUGUUUUGAAUGGAGUGGAUUGAAUGUGACACACCUCUUGAUGUGUCUCUAGUAUCUCUCACCAAAACGCUUGUGAGAUUUAUGUCCAUUUGAAUGUGUUGUGCUCAGUUCUGUUACUUACAAAUGUGUGUAGCUGCAGUAUCAAUUUAAGGAAAAUAGAGCUUUCAAAUAGUGUGUGAAAUAGACUUGUUCCAAGUUCCUGCAGUCCUUGCUAUAUGCUAACAAACUAAACUGUCAUUAUAACACACUGUAUCACAGCUGCUCGGACCUCAGCAACUAUGGCUAAGGACAUAAAUGUCUGUACAUAUUAUUUGAUAGAGCUCUUCUAUUCUUCUGAGCUGUAAUACAAUGUAGUACUUGAGGAAUUUAGGAUACUAUGAAUAGAGGGGAAUAGCUGUACUGUACUUAGAAUUAUGGCUCUUGCUUCCAUAACACUUGAGAACUUAGUUUGACCACUUGGCUCUAUAUGAAUAUAUUUUUACGUGUGCAAAAGUUUCCUCUAAAGUAAAAAUGUAAAUCUGAGAGGUACAUGUAACUGUUUUAACUACCCCUAACACACUGAAUGCAAAUACAGUACAAGCACAAUGUUGACUAUGCAAGCAUUAGCUGCACUACACCCACAGACACACAGUAAGCCUAUGUCCCAAAUGGCAAACUAUUUCCUACAUAGCGCACUACUUUUGACCUGAGCCCUAUUGGGGAAAAGGGCGCAAUUUGGGAUACACACAGCCACUGUUCAACUCACUCAUCCACUGCAUAACAUUCCUCUCCUUGGUUGUGAAUAGCUGCUGUUGUAACCUCGGUAAAGCGGUAGUUUAGGUUUGAUUAUCAGCACAGUAGACUGGACCUAGCACACCCUGUGAAUGCAGUUUUAGCUAGAGGCUACUCUCACUUUGUGUUUAGCACAUUACAGAAUCAAGAUUGUUUCUAUUGUUGCUAAAUAAAAGCUUCAUGUUACCUUU